AUGCUGGACAAGACCCAAUUACGCGCUAUCUUCUUGUACGAGUUCAAGAUGCAAAGCUCGGUGAUAGAUGUGGUCAAAAAUGUUAAUGCUGCAUUCGGCGAAGGUACUGCCACUUUGCGUACUGUUCAUCGAUGGUUUAGACGGUUCCUCAGUGGAGACGAGUCGAUGAAAAGCCAAAUUAUUAACGGCCGAGCUGCUCUAGUUGACGAUGUCAUUCUGAAGCAGCUCAUUGAAGAGGACCCGUACAGAACAGCCAAGGAUAUCGCCAUGGUGUUUGGUGUGAAGUAUACUACCAUUUGCUUACACAUGAAGAAGAUUGGCAAGGUGAAGAGCAAGAACAAAUGGGUGGAUCGAACUGAGAAAGAUAUUCAGGAUUCUGCGAAGUGGGAUAAUAUUUUAGACAUUCUACAGACAGUGUUUUGA